GAGGAAGAUGAACCUGAAGUCGGAGCGCAGGGGGAUCCACGUGGAUCAGUCGGAGCUGCUGUGCAAGAAGGGCUGUGGGUACUAUGGCAACCCUGCCUGGCAGGGCUUCUGCUCCAAGUGCUGGAGGGAGGAAUACCACAAGGCCAGGCAGAAGCAGAUCCAAGAGGAUUGGGAGCUGGCAGAGCGGCUCCAGCGUGAGGAGGAGGAAGCCUAUGCCAGCAGCCAGAGCAGCCAGGGGGCACAGUCCCUGACCUUCUCCAAGUUUGAGGAGAAGAAAACCAAUGAGAAAACAAGAAAGGUCACCACUGUGAAGAAGUUCUUCACUGCUUCCUCCAGAGCAGGAGCUAAGAAGGCAGCUGAAGAGAAAACCCCUAAGCAAGGACAGCUGGGGAGGGAGAGAAAUGCUGAUAACAUUCUCAGGGAUUUGAAGGAGAUUUUUACUCCCUCCUGGGAACUGGCUUCCCCUUCUGAAGCGCUGGCUGGCAAGCUGAAAGGUGGGUGA